UACAGUUGAAGCACCACGGAUGUGGAAGGAGUGGUGUAAAUGUGAGGGUUUCAUGUUCUUCUCUAUCCAUCAGGAGAAAUUAAAGUCUUCACUUCAACUCUUUAAAUAAACAUGCCUUCCCCCACACAAAGGAUAAAGAAGAGUAGGGCAAGGGAAAGGGGAGGAGGCAUGAGGGAGGCACACAGAGAGGUACUGCUAAAACAGCCUGGCAGUAACACAUCCAUAUCUCAGUCUGAGCUCAAACCAACUGCACUGCUGAGAACUUAAACGAGAGCAAGGAUCAGCCAACGAGGACAGUAGUUUCAGAGAGGACCCUAAACUGAAAGUGUAUUGUAUGUUGUGUUAGAGAGAAAGAAGAAGACUGCUGGAGUGCUGCUGCUCUGCAGGAAUUGAGACUGAAGAUCAGGAUGAGUAUGAACGACACGCUGGAGAAGGGGGCUCAUCACCAGACCAUCGACCUCUCUGAAGAGCUCCCAAGCAUCAGUCAUCACCACCAGCACCAUCACCCCAAUCUCCAGCAUACCAACUCUUUGGCCUCAACCCUGCCAGCCGGGACUGCAGUAGGUGGUUCUGCAGUGGUCGUGCCUCCACCUUACUCCCCAGAGGCUGGCGGAAGUGAAGCGCCGCUGGAGCUGCGGGGCUCUUUGGACUGCUGGGCCUGUUCGGUGCUGGUCACUGCACAAAACCUGCUGAUCGCCGCCAUCAAUGCUUGCCUGGCUGGACUGGUCUUCGGGCUAAUCCUCACUCCUGCUAUCGUCAUGGUGGUGUUCGGCUUUCUCUGUCAUUCAACGGUGCGUCCACAUGGUUCUAUACCAUACUGCUCGGACCUGCUGACUGACGGGGGUUGUGUGGCUCUGCUGGUUGUGGGUUUCUUGCUAGUGACUCCUCUUCUGGUUCUGGCAUUGGCUGCGUACUGCCGGCUAGCUCGACACCUUCAGCUGGGGCUGUGCUUUAUCCCAUACAGUCGCGCCGUCUACAAGAACCUUCCAGCUACCCAGCAUUGUGGUCUGGCAGGAGGCUGUUGUGGACAGCGAUCUAUGAAAGGAGCAGGAAAGGGGAAGGUGUGGGUCUAGAAGUCAGGACUACACACUGUUGUAGCCAUGGAGUUACAGAACAUUGUGAAACAUGUUACACAUUGCAGAGCUAAAACAAAUUACACACAGAUAUUUAAAUAUAUAAAUCAGACAGAAAGAACUCGCUUUCUCUCUGAUUUGCAUAUUUUACUGAGAGAUAUAUACAAUGCUCAGAUAUUUUUGAGGCAUACUCACUGGAACUGUUACAGCAUAAUCAAUUUGACAUUUAUAAAAUGACCAAACUUAAAUAUUAAGAAAUUGUGGAUGUUUUCUGUCAAACACUGUUCACCUCAAAUAGCCAGCACACCUAUUAAAAAAAAAAGAAAAAGAUUUUCAUAUACAUUAACUAUUUUCUUAUAACAUGUACAAUGCUGUUUAUAUAUAUUUUUUUUUUUUCAAUAAAUGUUACAUUGAAAACAAGACUUUAAAUAAUGUCAUUUUACAAUUGAUGGGCUCUCCUCAUUUUGCACAAAAUCAGCAAACACUAUUUUAUUGUGUCCUUGUAACGUGAUCUAUGCGCCUAGUAAUAACAAAAUUAUGCCAGAUUAAUUGCUCAAUCCUUUCAUUUUCUAAAGUUAUAUAGACUAAGGGUUAAAUUAUUAUUUUUUUUUGAAUAAACAGAAAAUUAGCCAUCUUGCCUUUAGAAAAAACAAAUAGUGCCAUCUAGUGUUAAUCCAUUCAAGCCCCCUGCAACUAUAGUCUUCAAGGUUCAGUUGCCAUUUUCCUUUAAGUAAUUUUCUACAUGUUAAACAGGAUUAGUUUCUCGAUGACAAGCAAGCAAAAUAACCAAAAAAUAUAUAUAUAUUUCAAGAAAAAAGGAAUUGAUUUAAUUUGUGACACGAGGCUCUGAACUUCCUACCCCUAAAUCAAGGACGCAAAAUGGAGGCAAACCCCCAAACAAAAGCAGUUUCCAUAUUACUAAAAAAUAUUUUUGUUCACAAAUAUAUACCAACAUAAUCACGAGGGUCUCUAAAUUCAUGCAAACUAAAAUCUUUCAAUAAAUCUAUAGUUUUCUCAAUACUUUUCCAAGUUCAUGUGGCAACAAUAGUUGCCGGUGGGCAAAUGCCUUGUAAGAACAUAAAUUAUAGAUAAUUGGGAAAUAAUGUGUUAAAUUAAUAAAUGAAGGUUAUUGGUCUUGUUUAAUGUUUUUAUGUUUUCACAAUACGACAUCUAAACUUUAACUGAUAUCUUUAAAGUAGACUUUGAUACACAGCAAAAUUCUCCCACUGGUCCCACUUCCACAAAGAGAAUUAAAGUAACACUGGAGCAGAGUUAAAGCGCUCCAACUCCACAAAAAGCAUCAGCAGCUUCAAUUAUUACUAACUUGUUUGGCUAUUUCUGUCAGAGAUAUUUACUAAAAAUACUUUUGUUAGACAUCACCAUUGUAUUAAUUUUAUGUUAUUCUUUUCUUUGACUGCUGUAAUUAUGAAGUGAGGUUCAUAUCGAAUGGGUUUUCUAGUUUUAAACAAUAAAUGUGUUUUGGAAUAUGAA